GAAUUUUCUGUACAUUUUGGUAUGAAUGCUUUUUACAAGCAAGACUUAUGCCGCGAAUGUCUGCCGUAUUUCAGCAUUUAACAGUUAAGAAUAUUGGACAGCGACACUCACAUUCUGACUUCCUUCAUCUCCCCUUCAGGCCACAGUGUUUUAGAAACAUUGUAGUGCUGGUCAAUGAUUCAGAAUUUUUUGGCUAAGUUAUCAUUGCUAAUUCAUCUGUAUGAAUUUAUUUAAACAGCUUGAUUUCUGUAGCAGCUAUAAUAGAAUUGGAACUGAGCCUCGGAGCAUGAUCUGCAGAGCUUUUGCAAUAUCUUCACAUUCUUGUGUUUGUAGUCACUAUAUUUCAAAUUUAGUAUUUUUUUAAAAUAAAUAUUCUCAAUACAGAUUCAGUUUUGUUUAAAUCCUGCAGUUUUCUCAUCUGAACUCUUAGGGCCGCUGUUGACCAGAGUGUCGACAACUGGCAGCAUGUUUGUAGCAGAACCUCCCAUGUAACGUCGACAUUAUGAAGAAAGAACACGACAGGAAAGACGGGACACUCGAAUGCUGUACAGUUUUUUUUGGAAAUUCAACGUCGUCAUUGGAGCGCAUCUAUUUUCUGUGGAUAGUAAGGGAGCGAUAUUGACUGAUAGUGGAAUCUGGAUUUGCUUUCUGGAAUAUAAAUAUUUGGAGCCUCACGGAAAAAAAAAAUCGGAUAGAACAAUGGCCAGGCAAGUACUGUUGUUUGUCUCUGUGCUCUCCGUCAGCUCGGUGCUCGGGCAGGUCAGCUACACGAUUCCAGAGGAAAUGCCAAAAGGAUCUUUAGUGGGUAAUAUUGCACAGGAUUUAGGUUUACAAAUUAAACGUUUGGCUUCUGGUAAGGCUCGAAUUUAUACUCGAGACAGCGACGAGUACAUCGAGCUAAACAGAGAAAGAGGAGUCCUCCUUGUUAAAGAGAGAAUGGACAGAGAGGCGCUCUGCAGACAGACGACGCCUUGUGCCUUACAUUUUCAGAUUAUUUUAGAGAAUCCAAUGGAAUUUUAUAGUGUUACAGUGCAGAUCACAGAUAUCAAUGAUAAUGCACCAACCUUUGAAAAAACUGAGAUGAAAUUCAAAAUCAGCGAGUCAGCUGAUGUGAUCGGUGCAAAAUUUGUUCUAGAAAGAGCUGUGGAUCUCGAUGUAGGAAAUAAUGAUCUGAAAAGUUACCAGUUAAAACCAACAGAUAAUUUCGCACUAAAGGUGCACAAUAAUGCUGAUGGAAACAAACACGUUGAGAUGGUGCUGCAGAAACCUUUAGACAGAGAGAAACAGGAGCAGAUUUCUCUCGUGUUGACGGCUGUAGAUGGAGGAGAGCCGCAGAUGUCAGGAACGAUGUUGAUCCUCAUCACAGUUUUAGACGCAAAUGAUAAUGCUCCUGUUUUUACACAGCAAACAUACAAAGCUACAGUAACCGAGAAUUCACCAAAAGGAACAGUUGUUGCUACUGUGUCAGCCUCAGAUGCAGAUCAGGGCUCCAACAGUAAAAUUACAUAUUCGAUAACAAACACGAUGGAUGAUAUCAGAAAAGUAUUUAAUAUAAAUGAUGAAAACGGUGAAGUGACUUUAAUUGGAACCAUUGACUUUGAAGAAUCACGAAACUAUCAAAUCAAUCUACUUGCCAGUGAUGAAGGAGGACUCACAGAUUUUUGCAAAUUAAUUGUUGAUGUACAAGAUAUGAAUGAUAACAAGCCUGAAAUUAACAUAAUGUCAAAGUCAAAUGUGAUAUCAGAGGAUGCUGAACUCAAUACAGUUGUGACAAUGAUAAACAUUGAAGACAGGGACUCGGGAGAAAAUGGAAAAGUCCAGUGUCUCAUGAGCGAAAAUAUACCUUUUAUUUUAAAAACUUCAUCAAAUAAUUUCUACAGUUUAGUGACAGACAGUGAUUUAGACAGAGAGAGAGCCUCUGAGUAUAACAUCACUGUGACCUGCUCUGAUGAGGGAGUGCCCUCCCUCUCCAGCAGCGUCACUCUCACCUUACAGAUCUCUGAUGUAAAUGACAACGAGCCUGUCUUUGAGAGGACCUCAUAUGAGGCCUACAUUGUAGAAAACAACACACCAGGCGUGUCUAUAUUCACAGUGAGAGCCACAGACGCUGACUGGAACCAGAAUGCUCGUGUUUCUUACAUUCUGGAGGACUCCUCUGUCAACGGAGUGCCAGUCUCCUCAUAUGUGUCCGUCAGUGCUGAUAGCGGAGUCAUCCAUGCAGUGCGCUCUUUUGACUACGAGCAGAUCAAAGACUUCCAGUUCAGAGUGAAAGCUCAGGAUGGAGGCUCUCCUCCACUCAGCAGCAAUGUGACAGUAAAAAUGCUGAUCCAGGACCAGAACGACAACCCUCCUCAGGUCCUGUAUCCAGUCCAGACCGGUGGCUCUGUGGUGGCUGAAAUGGUUCCUCGUUCAGCAGAUGUGGGCUAUCUGGUGACCAAAGUGGUGGCUGUUGAUGUGGACUCUGGACAGAAUGCGUGGCUGUCGUAUAAACUGCAGAAGGCCACAGACAGGGAUCUGUUUGAAGUGGGCUCCCAGAAUGGAGAGAUCCGAACCAUCCGCCAAGUGAGUGAUAAAGAUGCAGUGAAACAGAGACUGAGUGUUAUAGUGGAGGACAACGGGCAGCCCUCUCGUUCAGCUACAGUCAUUGUGAACGUGGCGGUGGCGGACAGCUUCCCUGAAGUUCUGUCGGAGUUCAGUGACUUUCCACACGACAAGGAGUACAAUGACAACCUGACUUUUUACUUAGUGUUGGCUCUGGCUGUGGUCUCCUUCCUCUUCAUCACGUGUUUGGUGGUUAUUAUCUCAGUGAAAAUCUACAGAUGGAGACAGUCUCGUAUCCUGUAUCAUUCCAACCUGCCUGUCAUUCCAUAUUAUCCUCCACGUUACUCAGACACUUUGGGGACAACAGGGACUCUCCAACACGUGUACAAUUACGAGGUGUGCAGGACGACAGACUCCAGAAAGAGUGACUGUAAGUUCGGCAGAGCUGGUAGUCAGAACGUGCUGAUAAUGGAUCCCAGUUGUUCAGGGACGAUGCAGCGGAUUCAGAGUGAGAAGAGCAUCCUGGAUGAACCAGACUCUCCUCUAGAGGUUAGACUGCUUUCACUUUGUUUCUACUUCUGUGUAACUAUUUUUAAUUCAAAUCAAGAACAUUUUCUGUUUUAAAAGUGGAGUGUGUGUGUCGCAGUUAAGGGUUCUCUUUGUGCUUAUUAAAAUCUCCACAAUUUGUCUUUAUGCAUACGAUUUUUUUUCGUCAAUAAGCUAUUUCAUCAUUAUUUGUUGUUGAGAUCCUGGCUGAAGUCUUUUUAUUAUUAUUAUCAUUCAUGUCAAUAUAGAUUCCUUGUGAAACCAACAGUUCGUUUUUAAACUUUCAUUUCUUUCAUAUUCACUGGGUGGAAACUUGGAUUUGAAAAAUACUCAGAUAGGAAAUAUUAUUAAGAUAUUUUCCCACAUAAUUUUGCUGAACGCUCGGUGGAACGGUUUAGAACUCUCUGCCCAUAAGCAGAAACCUUUCUCUUACUUUCUGACAUUGUGAGUAUUUGGUGAAGUUUCAAAGUAGCAUAUUGAGUUUAAUAUAUUGUUUAUCUUUUUGGUGGCGUCACUGUAUUUUUUGGAGUCAAUCACAGAAAACGUGUGUUAAUUUUUGUGUGAAUUAUUUUUUUGGACAAGAGUUGUGUCGCGAUGUGUGACGUUGAUCAGCAUUUAGCAGUUCAGAACGUUGGACAGCGACACUCACGUUCCUCAACUGCUUCAUCUUCCCUUCAAGCCACAGUGUUUUCAGAAGUAUUGUAGUGCUGGCUGAUCAUUCGAAUCUUUGGAUUCCUAUGUCUUAACAAGCAACAUGUAACCCUUUAAAAAUAAAUACAUAAAUAAUAAAAACAUUUUGAUUGCUAUAUUAAUGGAACAACAUAUUAAAAAACAUUCCAUAGCUAAAAUUUGAUACAAACAAAUUGUACCAGACAUGAAAUUGUACCUUUUAACAUGAUCUGUAGACCUUUGGUAAUGUCUUCACAUGACCAUUGUGUAUAUAGUCACUGUCUUUCAAAUUUAGUGUUUUUUCCUGAAGAGAAAUUUUCUCAAUACAGAUUCAGUUUUGAUUGAAUCCUGCAGUUUUCUCAUCUGAACUCUUAGGGCCGCUGUUGACCAGAGUGUCGACAACUAGCAGCAUGUUUGUAGCAGAACCUCCCAAGUAACGUCGACAUUAUAAAGAAAGAGCACGACGGGAAAGGCAGGACGCUCGCGUUUUAUCAAUUUUUUGGGAAAGAUGCGUCGGCCUUUCAGAUGAAAUUUCACUUUUUUGGAUUAUGCAGGUUCUAAAUGAACACUUGUUGUUGAAAUCUGUCUUUAUUUAUGGGAUAUGAACACCGAAUCUCACUGAAAAAUAAUCGGAUAGAACAAUGGC